UUGCUAGGCACCGGUUGCUAGGCAACACACUGUUUCUCCUGGCCUGGCCACCUCCCAGAGGGCCUGGGCUUCUCUGGAGCAGCUCCUGCCUCCCGAAGCCUCUCUCUCGCCAGACCUCAGAGCCACAGCAGAGGGCAGGUGCCCCCCCCCUCGGGGCCCUGCCCCACAGCAUCAUGAUGGGGAAACUCCCCUUGGGGGUUGUGUCCCCUUACGUAAAGAUGAGUUCAGGAGGCUGCACGGAUCCCCUGAAAUUUUACGCCACCACUUACUGCACAGCCUAUGGUCAGGAGGAGUUCAGGCCCCGCAGGGGCAGUCAUGAAGGCACAGGCUACAAAUCAAAUUACCGUCCUGUGGUCUCAUACCAGGCCAAUCUCGAUGCCCUGGACAACCCGGCCACGGGGCACGGUCCGUACAAUCCCUUCUCACCCCCUGCUCCGCUGAGCCUUAGCUCUCAGGGCCAUCGAAGCUCAUCAGACCCACUGGAACAAGUCCGCCCCAAUUUCCAGUCAGUGACCAGUCAGAGUUACCGCCCCCUGGAGGUGCCUGAUGGCACAUACCCGCUGCCCUGGAACAUGCACCAGACCAGCUCUGGCUAUUCUCGGGAGAAGCCCAGCGCGGCGACCCCCACUAAAGAGGUCAGGAAGGUCCAUUUCGACACCCAGGACUAUGGGCCGCAGGCCAUCAUAGGGCUGGAACCCAGGGACAUGCCCCUGCUCCACCAGCAGCAGGGCAAGGGCUCGCUGGAGUGGGAGAACUCCCGGCAUGGCCCGCGCUUCAUGACUUCUGAGUACAAUUCCAAGUAUCUCAAGGAGACUUCAAACCAGCCAGAUCUCUUGCAGAAGAUAGCAAUUGGCUCCAAGGAGGAGACUGGCUUCCCCGAAGAGUCCACCAAGAACCCCAUUGGCUUCCAGCCACCCUCCCAGACCGUCCCUGGGGACCCGGUCCUCCACCCUGGCCGGAGUGUCACCAGGUCCGACUUUCUCCCCAUGACCCACAUUCGUGGGGAUGAGUUCCUGCCUGUGCUGGCCAGAGGCUCCGAGCGGGAAACAGGCUACAGCCGAGUGAAUGAGAGGUUGCUGAACCCCAGAGUGCCCCCACCCAGCCCACGGCCUAGCAGCGUGAGCCACGGGCAAUUCCAGCCCCCCCAGCGGGUGCAACAGACCAACGUUGCCCUGCUUGGCAGGGAGACUGUGGGAAACAAGGAGCCCACAGGGUUCAGCCUUAACAACCCCAGCUACAUCCGGAGCCCCUAUGACCCAGACAUGGAUAAUCAGUACCUGACCACCUACAACCAAGGGUACUUUGAGAACAUCCCUAAGGGCCGAGAAGGCUGGACCCGAGGUGGCACCCAGCCCCAGAAGCCUGGAGGCUACGCCCUCAACCAGCCGGUCACCCGCAUGGAGGCCACCCCCACCCCCACGGAGAGCCUACGGCGCCUGCACCCCCACGUGGGAAGAACCCUGAUCUCGGAGGACACCUUCUACCGAGCUGUGCCUCCCAGCAGCCACUUUGCCACAUCCAGCUGAGCCUGAGUCUGGCCCCUCAGGGGGCAUCUCCGCUCCCCACAGGUUUGCCAACCCAGCUGGACAGGAGCGGAUUCCCAUCCCUUCCCCUGCUGGGACUCCCCUGGCUACUUUGCUAAUGAAAUAAAGAGGCUUGAAGCGGG